AUGCCAUCACCCUCGCGAGCCCACCCACUCUUUGUCAUCUUCGCUGCCGUCGUCAUCUUCAUCGCCGCCGGCAUCGGAGGCGCCAACGCGCAGACUCCCUUGGGCGAAUGGCAGACCGGACGUAGCACCUUCUACGACGGCAUCGACGCCGGCAACUGCGGCUUCGAGACCAUCUCGUCCACCCAGUUCCCCUUUCGCUUCGUCGCCGCGGCCAACACUGCGUUCUAUGCCAAGUCGGCGGCGUGCGGCCAGUGCUUCGAGGUGAGGUGCACCGGGUCGGCCUAUCUGGCCAACGCCUGCGUCCAGGGCGGGAGCGUGGUCGUGGAGGUGACCGACCAGUGCCCGUGCGCUGGCAACGAGGGCUACUGCUGCGACGCGAGCCUGGUCCACUUCGACCUGAGCCCCGGCGCCUUCGCCAAGAUCGCCGACCCGGGCGCGGGGGUCAUCAACACCCAGUACCGGCCCGUCGCGUGCCCGGUGCAGGGCCAGCUGCAGGUCAAGAUCAAGGAGGGCUCCAACCCGUGGUGGUUCGCCCUGCUGGCCACCAACGUGGGCGGCUCGGGCGCCGUGACUAAGAUCGAGCUGAGCAGCGGCUCGACGGGCUCGUGGGUCACGCCGGCGCGACAGGACUACAACUACUGGCUGGCGACGUCGGGCUCGGGCUUCCAGUUCCCGCUGGGCGUGCGCGUGUGGCAGGGCACGCAGAACGUGACGGGCACCAUCACGUCCAUGUCGGCCGGCGCCACCUUCUCCCUCUCCGCCAACUUUGGCUCCUCUUCGCCCUCCCCUUCCUCCACCCCCUCGCCGCAGCCGGCCCACGAUGGCGGUUGCUUCAUCCCCAACUGA